UUUUUUUUUUUUUUUUUUCCCUUGUUCUUCUGCUUUUCUUCUCUCCCUCUUCUCGUCUCACCCACAGCCACCCCUCCUCCUCCUCCUCUCCUUCCCAGUGCAAGAUGGAGAGGGACCGCAGUGGUGGUCACCGCUGGCCUCCCGCCCUUCGUGGGGCUACAGCACCAGUUGCAGCACUAGCACCAGCAGCAAUGGGAUGCGGCAUUGGAUUCCCUUCCAAGCACGUCCUUCGUCGCUCUGCAACCAGCAGCACGCUCGCCGUCGCCCUUCUCGGCUUCCUCGCCGUCCUUGCCAUUGUCGCCAUCGAUCCAGUUCAUGGUCAAAAUUUCGCGGAUGGCGGUGUCAAAGGCGCCGUGAUCAGCUGGUGGCAGAGCCGAGGCUACUGGGGCCCAGGAUGGGUGAACAACUGGGACACGCCAGUGGAGUACACGUGCCCAAGUAGACAAGCAAUCACCGGAUGGUAUGCUGAGAACUCGAACAACAAGGAGGAUCGCCUGUUCUGGUUUGUGUGCAACGGUGUGCAGUACACCAACUGGGCAGGCUGCCAGUGGUCUGGCUACCUCAACAACUAUGACACUCCCAUCAACUUUGACGUCGGUGCCAGCUCGGGCAACCCUGGCGCCGCCAUUACCGGCUGGCAUUCGGUUCACGACAACGACAAAGAGGAUCGCGUCACACAACACUACUUUUGCCGGGUUGGUUCUAACACGGCCCAGAGAAUCAGCUCGUGUCGAGACCGUGGCAAUCUGAACAACUGGGACGACACGAUCGCUUUUGAAGCGCGAUACGGAGACCAGCCCGGUUCCGUGAUGACGGCGCAUUUUAGCUAUCACAACAAUGACAAGGAGGAUCGUAUCUACCGCUUCCGCACAUGCGUCGACUCUCUCGUUUGCGACUUUAACAAAUGGGGCUCUUCGUGCUCCGAAACGUGCAGUUGCGACACGCGCUACACAAUUCCAGGCUGGAGCGAGCCGGACUUGAACAGGAAUUAUCCAACCGGACACUGUGCGCAAUCUUCGCUGUACACCACCGACGCUGGCCCAGGCUCGGGCAUCGAUAUCCAUUUCCAGCUAGCUGUGCCAAACUUUCCCAGGUUCAAUUCCCCGUUGACGACAUCUUUCGGCGGUACAUGCUAUUGCAGCCCGUUAUCGUCAACCAACUACAUCCCAUUCAGCCGUCACUGUCAAUCGGGAGUGAACAAUGAGCUCUCUGAUUGCUACUUUGGAUUGACAAAGCCGCCGAGUCAAACCGUGUUUACCAAGUUUUCAAAGUUUUGCGAAUCCUCGACGACGGAUUACUGCUCAUUCCUGUAUUCCAGCACGCGUCGUUCUCGUCAGUGUCGCCCUCCGACCUUCGAGUUCAACAGUUUGGGACUGCAACUUGGCGGUUUUGUCGACCAUAAUUCCAUGUCUGGCAGCAACCACCAGUGGUACUUCCAAUGGCCGGGUCAAGAUGACCCUACUCUCUCUGCGUGGAGUGCACUCAACUCUGGUUGUUAUCAUGGCAACCCAAGCUUGGAUCAAGCCAAUCUAUGCACGUGUACAAAGACUGCCUACGGGUACCCUGCCACGUUCGGCAUUAGCGACGGUUCCAUUGCAAACAUUUGGAAUGGUCUGCGGUGCGACACUGCUGUUCCCGUGUUUUAUCUGACGCAGACCCUUGUGGAGAACACCAACAGCCCUCAGAGCGGAGUCCCCGUGUACCGCUCGCUGCAGUCCUCGCUCAAUCCGGAAGUGCGAACAUUUGAGGGCAUUGUCAACCCUCUGAUGCCAGAUCCUUACAAGUGGGUGAAAGAUACCACGGGUGGAGGGCAGUUGCAGUAUGAUUAUCAUUACAACGCUCAAUCCCGCAACAAACUCGGCAUGUACAUUCGGUUUGAGUUCAACUACGAGGGUGCGCCCAACCCCGCCGAUCAAGACCUCGUCCUCGUUCCUCUGAGCGCCGGAACGAACGCAGCCGGAUUGACCAACGCUUGGCUGGUCAAGGAUUGGGUACCUGCGACGAAUUAUCCCCCCGAAACUAGUGGCUCUGUCAAUGGCUUCCUGAAGUAUCUCGACUGGGCAUCACAGGAAAUGCGCCCUCUCUCCAGUUCGUCUUGCGGUUUGAGCUGCAGUAAUUCCUUUGCAGGCGACAUCAAUUUCGCCCCUCCGUACAACACAUACCGCAGCAGCAUUUGGUACGAAAUCACUGCGGGUGCUACAAACAACAUCAAGUUCAAUCCGCCGGCAAGCUGUCGCAUCUUCUCAAGCGCCCGCCCUGCGGACGGCGUUGUCAAUGAAUGCACCAAGCUCACCAUCAACUAUCGAUUUACCAACAAUUUUGUCCUGAGCAAUCAACGCACCGAACGCUCUUCCAAGUUUAUCAUCAUGUUCGACCCCACUCGCCCUGUUCUGGCCUCCCCCGCGGAUGUGUUUGACCAGGCAAACACCAGCCCGCGUUGGAUUGCUGGCUCGUGCAGCUUUACCGGCCCGCUCAAAGGCCAGUCCCGCGCUACCAACCCUGCCUUGGCUGCUUGUGUGACGCAGACUGGAAGCCCGGCGUGGCCCCAGUUCAAGUUUAGGCCCUCGGCGUUCUCUGAGAUGCAGUCCUCAAUCAGAACCUGGAGUGCUGCCGUUUUCAAGGGCAAAGACUGGUCCAAUCCGCUGAUUCAAACGAGCGGCAAUAUUACCUCGUCCAAUCCUGCUAGCAUCUCUGUCACCUUUCCGAGCAAUACACUUCCGGUCAACAACAACGUGUAUACUGUCAAGGUCCGUGUCGCCAAUGCGGCUGGUGACGGCCGCUCGGCGUUGUGGAUGCUGUCCUACGACCUCACUGCUCCCAGCGCCACCGUGGCCGAGUGCUUGGAUGCUGGAGCACUCCCGCAGCUGCCCAAGCCGUGGAACAUUGGCAAUGCUGAGGACAGAUGCCGAGCUACGUCGGAAACCAACAAUCUACCGAAUCGGGCAUACAUUCCCGAUCCGAGCGUUGUCUGGGACCACUAUGCCCAGAUCAACCUCGUCGAUCGUGACCUGGAGCUCAAGAACAUGUUUGUCGAUCCCAGUUACACAUCCAGCAAUGCGUCGUAUCAUCCUGCCCACGUCUACAAACCAACUGGCAAUGAAAAGUGGUACCAAACACACGACAAGAGCUUCCGAUUCCGCUGGAAUCACGUUUUUAUGGAGCCUGAUCAGGACAUCCUUCGCAGCCUGUCCUUCAAUAAUACCGAUUUGGACAACAUGAACGAUCAGUACGAUCGGCCUGGCGCCAACUUGAUUACUCCCGAUCCCGGCUACCUGGACCAAUCCAUUCUGGACACCGAUCUCGCUUCACCGCAGCGGCUGGCCAUCUUCUCGUACGAAUUCAGGUUCACUACAACCGGCUUGAAUGCGCCUGCCGCAUCGAUGGAUCCGAACACGCCUUCAAGCGAUCCCACCAUCAAGGUGCGAGUCACUGCUGGUUCCACCAUCUUUGUCGGCGUGUCGAAUGGCCUUGUGACAUCCACCGAAGCCGUUCUCGAGUCCCAGUCCGGGACCCGCUUCAAGAGUGGCUUUUGGUAUCACUUUUACGUGCGCGCCUACAACAUGUUUGGGCAUGUCAGUGCAUGGGCCCGCCGCACAGUGCUCGUGGAUCUCGACCCGCCAAGCGUGUCGCAGUUGAUUGUGGGCACCGGCGAUGCAUGCGGUCGCACGCAUAACUCGAAAGUGUAUCAAUCCAAUCUGAUGAACAUGAACGUGUUCUUCUGGGUUGUCGACACCCAGUCGGGCGUUGGUCUUGGCACUUGGCCGUCCGUCGACUGGAAGCUCUGCCGAACGUAUCCGACGGGCACCUGUCAAGAGAUGCCUGCAGGAUUGUACCUGCCGCUGAAGCUUCAGUCCGACUUGCCGAGUCGCAUCACUGGCCAAGCGCGACCCGACGUGUUUGAGGAUGGUUUCAAGGAUCCCGUCACCUCCUCGCCAACGGAACGCGACAAGCAGUUCUACCGGCUGCAAACGGCUGCGCUCACCUCCAUGCAAAUCACGCUGCAGCGCGAGCAGUUCCAUGCGUACCAGCUUUCUUCGUACGAGUUCCGCAUGAUGGUGACAGACCGUGCUGGACUGUUCACGACCCGCAGCGCCCAGGUCACCAUGGAUUUGACUCCGCCCGAGCCCGGGUUUGUGGCCGACGUGGAGCGCGCAGGCCUGAUCAACGACAUUGACCACCAGAACAGCCUGGAGCUCUUUGCCUACUGGGACUCGUUCUUUGACCACGAGUCUGGCAUUCACCACUACGAGUACGCAUUGGGAACGCCUUGCUCCCCCGUUUCUGGCGACCCAGACGCCUGCAAUGUGCUAUGCCCGACAAGCGCCGAGCAGCUGGUCGUGACGGACGCUCACGCCGUGCACGUCCAUGGUGACAAGGUGCCAGCGCGUGCCGUGAAGGGCGCCUGUCCAGCGGUCAUGUGUGUCAUCCAGCCGUUCCAGACCACCAGCGACCCUCUUCUCAAGGACACGACAGAAAAGUUUGACUAUGGCGCGCGUCGCGCUUCGGUCGAUCUGCAGCAAGGCUACUUGGAUGCCGCCGGUGUGCGUCACAAUACUUCGCAGCUCCUUGCCACGAUGGGAGAGCGGCAGUUUGGCGCGUCGGCCAAUCAGACCUUGCGUUACAACCGCCGCUUUCACUUUGCUGUGCGUGCGUACAACGCCGCCGACAGCACGGUGGCCGUGUGCUCGGACGGUAUUGACGUUGAUCACGAUGCCCAAGCGCACUUUGACGCCAUCAAAGUCUCCAAUUCCUACCGCGGCACAGACGGUCGCCAGUACGUCCGCCUCGCCGACGGAGCCAGCAAGCUGCGUGUCGAGCUCGAGUGGAACUUUUUGGACGAGGGCGCUGGCGUUGCCUUUUAUCGCGUGGGCUUGGGCACUGCGGCCGAGCACACCGAGGUGGGCAACCGCAUCUUUUGGAAUGACGGCGUGCUUGAGAACAGCCUGACGCUUCAAAUCCAGCCUGGUAUCCAGCUCGAGGACGGCGAGGAGUUUGUCAUUAACGUGGUUGCCGUGACCAUGUCGGGUCGUGAAAUCACGGGCACCUCCGCCGAAGAGUACAUUGUCGUGAUCAGCCCUCCCACAGAGGGUAUUGUGCAGGUGGCACAGGGCGGCAGCGGUCAGAUCCUCGUGUCCUGGAACGGCAUGAUUGACAUUGUCUCUGGCGUCGACCACUUUGACUGGGCCAUUGGCUCGUACAUGGAGAAUGAAGACAUCAAGCCCUUCAUUCGGUCUCCUGUUGAAAACUAUCGACUCUACGACUGGGUGACCUGCACGAACAACACGCACAACAUUAACUGCAAUUUGCAGAUCGACAGCGAGCCGCUCGCCAAGCUUCUCGACGGCCACAGCUACUGGUUGACGGUCCGCGCGUGGUCGCAUGCUGGCCUGUUCUCCACCUCGAGCGCUGCCACGCCCUUCCUGGUGGAUCGCAGCCCGCCCUACGCCGGCACCGUUGUUGAAACGCUUGGCCCCGAGUCGCACAUUGACAUUGACGCGCACAAUGGAGCGCCUGGCCUGUUUGCCGUGUGGGAUGGCUUCAAUGAUCCGCACACUGGCAUUGCGCUGUACGAGGUGGCCAUUGGCACGAGUGCGGGCGCCGAGGAUAUCCUGGCGUUUGCUGGCGGCUCGCUGCCGUGUGGCUUUGACGUCCACGGCAACCGCAAGUGCCAGACAUGGUACUUGCUGAAUGCGCUCGGAGCUGGCUACGUCCUUGCACCAGGAGUUGUUUACUAUGUGUCUGUUCGCGGAUUCAACGAAAAGGGGUUGUUUGCAACCGCCUUCUCGGAUGGUGUGCGCAUCUUGCCAUCCUCCCCCACACCUGCUGUGAUUUCAGUCGAGACCAACACGUUCGAUGAGCGCCAGGCCAACGUUUCUUUUGGCGGAAUCUUUGGCUUCCAGCUGUCGACCACUUCCGUGACGGCAACCUGGACGGACUUUUCUUCCGAUGACACCUUUUCGCACUACCUGUGGUCGAUUGUUGUGUCGCAUGACGAGGCCCCCGAGGCCGAGUACGCGGGCAUUGCUGGUGUGACGCUGUUUGAUCCGCCCAACCCGACCGAUUACGUUGCAACCGGUGCCAUCGCUCGAGGAGAAAACGGCCUGCUCAGCUUCUCUGCUGGCGACGAGUUCAGGGUGUACGUGCAAGUGUGCGACAAGGCCGCAACCUGCGUGAUUAGCUCGACGGAUUUGUACCGCAUCGACGACAGCCCGCCUGUCCCCACGGGUGGACUCUCUGCAACUCUCGAGUUCCCCACUCGCACGACGGUGCAGUUUAACAUCGAAUUCGACGAGUUUGAAGAUUACGAGUCGGAUGUCCUGCAGUAUGCGUGGGCCAUCGGCACGCUGCCGUCGCCAACCGCAUUCGUGACAGAGUUUUUCAACGUGUCCGAGCCGUACCAGGUCAGCAACACUGUGCAUCGGCUGAUGGAGCUCCCUGUGGCCUUUACUACACCCAUGUUCAUUACGCUUCGUGCGUGGAACCGCGUGGGGCUGCGCACUGAUCGGACCGUUCCCGCGGUGCCCGUUGACGGCACAAUGUUUGCUCAGUCUCGCCGCAUCAACAUUCUGGAUGUUGAUCUGGCAUCUGCCUCGUCAGUCACCAGCAACUCGAGCUUUGUUCUGGCGGAUCGUGACUACACGUCGUCUGAUUCCUCCCUCGCUGCCUCGUUCGACGGCUUCCCUGACACAAUCAUGCGCUACACGUACGAGUGGUCAAUCGGUACUGCCGGUGUCCCUCUGGACAACACGAUUGUGUUUGAGGACGUGCAGCGCUUCCAGCCAAUCAUUCCUUUGCCGCGUGUCGACAUGCCCCUGUCGUUUGCCAACUGGAUUAACAACCUGGCAGUCGAGGAUGUUGCGCCCGUGCGCCACAACUACGUGUACCUGUUCAACUUGACCAACGCGCAAAACUGGACUGCAGGGCUGGCACAGCCGAUCGUUGCUGAGGUUGGGCCGUACGUCUACAAGCAGGUGGAAGAGCGCCUUGCGGCCACCUUCGACUCGAAACGCACGCAGCUCGAUUAUGUGCGCUACGUCCGCCAAGAGUUUGAUUCGGCCUUGUCAGGCGGGCGGAACGACACAUCCGAUGGCGUUGUCGUACUGAACGCCGCCUACCUUCGUCUCCUCUACCUUUACCGCACGGCAACGUACAAGGAGGUCGAAGCACUCAAGUAUCUUGUUGCAACACAGCUGUCCUACUGGCUGCCUACCUUGGCCCGCGUGCUGACGACCGACAUGCUUGCCACGAGCGACUACACUGCCAAGCUGAACAUUAUUGGCGGUGGAAUCGAGGCCUCUUUGAACGACCUUCUGUGGUACCAGCUCGGCAGGGCUUCCGUCAUCCCGACCAUCUCGUCCAACAUGAGCACGGCGGUUCCCUAUCUCCAAAUUAACGAGUUGCCAGUCGCAUCCGGCUUGGAGCUGUUCACGUACGCUCACUGGCUGAACCCCGCGACCUAUGGCAACUUGGCGUCGUCGCAGUACUUUGCUCUCACGCAGACGGAAGCCAGCGCAGUCUAUGGUAUUCUCACCAACAUGGCGAGUUUGGACCAGUUUGUGCAGCUGAUUGUGCUCAGUUCAGACAGUCCGGCCUUCAAGGCGGACGCGCUCGCCGGCUUGCUGCAGGGCGUGACAAUGUCUGCUCAACGCCGCAUCGACCUCGUGGACGUCAUGAGCAACUACUUUAUGUACCUGGCCACGGCGUUCCUCGACUACUACGACUCGCGGCUGGUCUGCACGCGCUUGGUGCGAGAUGUUGUUCUUGGAUACCAGGAUCGCAUGCUGGCUCGUCUCAAGGUCAUGGAUCCGACCUUUGGCCAGCAAACAGUGCGUGGAAUCUUGACGCACCAUGCCAGUGCUGCUGCGGCCACCAGCACGGCUCUGCCUGAGCAAAUGCACACGGGAACCGACGACAUUGAGAACGUCAACUACUUUGCUGGUAUUGGUGGGCUGGCAGAGCUGGCGACCACCGGAUUUACAUCUGCAGUGGCUGGUUACGACGGCGUGCAGCUCCCUUGCGCAUUGCGCAACACGACCUGGCUGUCGGACGCCCCGCUUCGCACGCACUAUUACAUUUUCGACCGCGACAUGCGCCGCGCCUCGAGCUUCGAGUACACUGGCAACUCUGCGCUCAACAAUCUGCACACUGUCAACCGGUUUGAGCUUGCAUCGAACGCGCUGGCGGCCUCGGAGUUUGCGCGCGCGCAGUUUGCGCUGAUGGUAGAUGGCGCGCAGCCGCUGCUCAUGUGGGAGCAGUACCCUCUGUACAUGUCCAAGCCGCACUUUUUGCACGCCAACAGCAGCCUGCUGCUCGGCGUGGGUGGGCUGAAUGCCAAUCCGGCCACUCACAACUCAUUCUUGGAGGCCGAUCCGAUGACUGGCCGCGUCCUGAACGGCGGCGUUCGCUGGCAAUUCUCGCUCAGCGUGAUCAACUCGGACACGCCUCUCCUGACGCCCGACAUUCCGCUUGGCGAGAACUUUGUUCCGGUCGGCUGGUUUGAUCUUCGCACUGAAACGGCGAAUGCUUCGCUGAUCGAGUUCCGCAACCGCAUGGAGCUGUCCAAGAUUGCCUCUGCGCAAAACGUCGCCAAGUCGGUCAUCAACAGCACAUUUGUGGCCAACUCGACUGCUCCGUUACUGCCGAACGACGCCAUUGUCCCGUCAUCCAACAAUGUGGACUUGCCUCGUGUCGUGACCGCCAUCGGUCUGCAUCUGCUGCAGGGCGUGCGCUACUAUGUCUGCUUCCGCGGCCGCGUCGGCAGCAUUGAGGCGCCCUUCACGUACGGCUGCUCGAACGGCAUCACGGUGGAUCUAACCCCGCCCGUUCCCGCGCACAUUUGUGACGGCUCGCUCCUGUGCAACUCGCUGGCCAACGACAAGGACUAUCAGGUCUCCAUCUCUGAAAUGUACGGCAGCUGGCAGCCUUUCGUUGAUCUGGAGGAGUCAGAGCUCGUCCACCUCACAGGCAUUGCGUACUACGAAUGGGCGAUUGGCUCGUCCCCAGGCGGCAUUGAUGUGUUUGAGUUUAGACACGUCGGCACUGCGCUCAAGGCGGUGGCAGCGGCCGAGUCGGCAACGCACGGCUUCCAAGUUGCGCCGCAAGCGGGCGUGCGCUACUUUAUCACCGUUCGCGGCACCGACUUGGUGGGUCUGAGUGCCACUGCAUUCUCGGAUGGCAUCAUUCUGGACCCGUCACCGCCCGUGGUGGGCAAGGUCACGGUGGCGCGCAUUGUGGCCAACCAGUACCAUACCGACAUUAACGCCAUCACGGUGGAUUGGGCUGGCUUUGUCGAUCUCGAGUCGGGCAUUGACUCGUACUCCUGGGGCAUUGGUACCGUCCCUGGUCUCGCCAACGUUCGGCCGUUUGUUCGUGUGCCUUCCAUGUCUUCGGCGACGCAAACCAACCUGGCCAACGCCAUCCAGCAAGCACACGUUUACUACAUUGUGGUGCGCGCUGAAAAUGGUGCCGGACUCCACUCGUUUGCAUCGUCGUUGCCCAUCACGGUGGACAGCACGCCGCCUUCCAUCGGCCAGGUCCUGGAUGUCGCCUCCAUCGCCAGCAUCCGCCAAGAGGACGACGACUAUUCCACCAACCGCACAAGCAUUGCUGGCCAGUGGCUCAAUUUUGUCGAUCCCGAGUCUGGCAUCAAGGUGUUUGAGUGGGCUGUCGGCACCAAGCCAAACCACGAGGAUGUCAUGCUCUUCACCCCAGUGGGAACCAGCACUGUCGCAUCGCGCAGCGGACUGUCACUGACCGACGGUCGCAAGUACUUUGUGACGCUUCGCGCCUGCAAUAUGGCCGGGCUCUGCUCUGUCGGCACGUCUAACGGCAUUCGCGUGGAUGGCUCGCGUCCCUCGACCGGUCGCGUGUUUGACGGCUUUUCGCAUCUCGACUUGGUCUUCCAGUCGCAGACAGACAUGAUUGGAGCGCAUUGGUACGGCUUCCAUGACGCCCAUUCUGGCAUUGCCCGCUUUGACUGGUGCGUGGAGAGCGAAGGCUCGGGCGCAGAGUGCAACACGCGCGGCUGGGAGACUGUGUUUUUGGAAGAAUCGGCGCUGGAUCCAGAAGUCUCGUUGGCGCACGGCGUGCGCUACUUUGCUCGAGUCCGCGCGUACAAUGGCGCUGGCUUGUAUGUGACUGGCAUCUCGGACGGUGUUCGCGUGGAUGCCACUCCGCCGACGAAUGGCCUUGUCGCCCUGGAUCCCAUCUUCCCGAAUGUCCCAUCAACCUACCAGAUUUCCUCCGCGCUCGUCAAGACGACUCUGUCUGGCUUUACCGAUGGCGAGUCUGGUUUGUUUGAGUACACUUGGCACGUUCGCCCCGUCAACUACACGGCAGUCAACAUUCUCCAGCACAAGGGCCAUCGCGGCCGCGACAUUAUGGACAUUGAGAUGACCGGCACCUACCCUGGUGGCAUGGUCUCACAACUCGCCUUGCAGCUUGGUGAAAAGUACCACAUUGUCGCUGAAGGCGUCAACGGCGCGGGUGUCGGCUCGGCGCUGGUGAGCUCCCCGGCGUUUGUGGUGGACUGGUCGUCGCCCGCUGGCGGCUGGGUGGAGCACCAAGUGCUGUCAUCGACGACUAUCCGCGUGACAUGGGAUGCCUUUGUUGACGAGGAGUCUGAUAUUGCGACAUACCGUGUGCUGGUGGGCUCUGCGUUGCUUGGUUCGAACCUCGUGUCGCAGGAUGUCACGCCCACUCCCAACGCGACCGUCACCCUGAUGACGACCGUUGUCACUUUGCCUGUCGGUUUUGAUGCCACGACGACGCCGUAUUCUGUUGCAGUGACUGCGCGAAAUGGCGCGUCGCUGUGGUGUGCCCAACCGACGUACUCUCGCUCGCUGCAAGACUCGCGCCUGUUGCCGUAUGCCGAUGUCGUGUGUGCCUCCAACAACACAGUCAACCUGACUGGCAGCGUGCAAGUCCUUGACGGGUUUGUGGUUGGCUCGGACAUUACCUACCAACCGUACAACGACACCUUCUCUGGCAACUUUGACUUUUCCAACUGGUGCAGCUCGCACUCGACCAUCUGCAGCAAGUUUGUUCGUUUCGAAUUCUCCAUCAAGUCACGCUCGGGUCUGUCCGACGGAGAUGUCUUGUGCACCCAAUUCCUGCACGCGGUUACUGCCGACAUGGCAACGCGAAGCGGUGUUGCGGUUGGCACUGUGCACAAUCCCAACUUUAAGGCCUUCCCAACGCAAGUUUGCGGCGACUCUUUCAAGAUGAUUGAAGGGCAAGAGUACCUCUUCCAAGUGCGAGCGAUUGCCAACGACGGCACGUGCUACCUGGCCAACUCGAAUGGCGUCAAGGUGUUGGACUCUGCGCCUCGUGCUGUGCUGCAGCGUGGCUAUCGCGUGCUUGAUGGUCUUGUGCCUGACAAGGACUUGGACUACCAGUCGAGCUCGAGCUCCAUCUCGGCAUCCUGGAGCCAAGCCUUUGACACUUCCCCGCAGCUGCCCAACCGCUACGAGCUGGCUGUCGGCACACUUCCCUACUUGAACAAUGUGCAGGACUUUACUCCUGUUGGCCAGCAAACCAAUGUCACGUUCGAUCUGGCGGCGCACGGCAAGUCACUCUUGGUGGGUCACCACUACUAUGUGACAAUUCGCUGCUACACCGAGUCUGGCUUGUUUUUGGAGCGUGCCUCGGACGGCGUCAUGGUGGACAACCAGCCGCCAAUGGCCGGUGUUGUCGUGGACGGCUUGGGCCCGGAGGACGCCGACUACAGCAGCGAUCCAUACACUGUUUCUGCAAUGUGGUGGGGAUUCGAAGGGAUGUACGCUCCGCUGGCCGAGUACUUCUGGGCGAUCGGAACCACUCCUGGUGCUGACGACGUCCUGGAAUUCACCUCGGUCGGCCUGCAAGUCAAUGCCACGUUCGUCUCGCCCACGCCGCUGGCUGGCAAGCUGUACGUUUCGGUGUACGUGCUCAAUGCUGUUGGCACCAGCAGCAGCGUUGUUGUUUCCGACGGCCUGGUGCCCGACGCGUCUGCACCCGACGUUGGCGCGUUGCUGCCGUUUGACCCCGAGCGCCAUGCCCUGUGCACUCCGACUGUUUGUGCGCAGCGUGAUCCGACGCAAAUCAUUGUCACAUGGUCGAACUGGCGUGACAUGCAAUCUGGCAUUGACCGCUUCCAGUGGGCCAUCGGCACGCGGCCCGGCGGCACGCAAAUCCAAGAGUAUCUCGAGGUCGAAGGCGAGGCCACCAACGCGACCAACUCGGCCUUGGAGUUGCUUCACGGACAGGAGAUUUACAUUACGCUGGUGGCCAUCAAUGGCGCUGGUAUCCGCGCCAAGAUGACGUCGCAGAAGCUGCUCGUGGACCUCACGCCGCCCGCGCUGGGUCAGCUGAGGGACGGUCUCAGCACCACGGAAGAUGCCGUCUACCAACCCACCAACGAGAUUUCGGCCAACUGGGACGGCUUUGACGAUCCAGAGUCGGGCAUUCUCGAGUACCGCUGGGCGAUCGGCACGGGCAAGGGACUUUUGAACGUGAUGCCCAUGACGUCGGUGGGUCUGGCGACCAGCGCGUCCUUCAACCUGACCUCUGGCGCUGACGGACUCAAGUACUUUGUGACGCUGGAGGCUGUCAACAACGUCGCAGCCAUCACGGUGGCGCACAGCGAUGGUGUCCAAAUCACUGCCAUCACUCCAACCGUGGGCAGCGUGGUUAUUUACGACUAUCUUCGUGGCGCCGUCGAGUAUCUUGCUGCCAACUCGUCCGUUCUGCUCGAGAUUGAGGACUUUUCCGACCUGCACUCUGGCCUUGCCACCUACUCGUUCGCAUUCGAGGAGCAACGCGGAGCUGACUGGGUGAUGCUCGAGAACGGCACCAUCCCUGCCACUCUGAACUUUGUCCAAAUCACCAACAAGCCCCUCGCGCACUCCGGUGUGUACCGCGCGAGCGUCGUUGCAACCAACCGCGCCGGCUACUCGACUGUACCCACGACCGCGACGGCCCUGAUUGACUUGACGCCGCCCGUGUUUGCAGAGAACGCCACGGCGAGCUGCUGGGAGGCAGAUCAGUUGCUUGUGAUUGGCUUUGGUGUGCGAGACCCUGAAUCGAGUCCAGCUGGCGUUGAGGUCGAGUUUGCCCUGACCAAACCUAUCGCACCCUCCGACAUGUCCAUCCUGACCUGGGAUGAGGCGGUGCCUGGCGCUCCUUCGACCGCGAUUGCUUGCUACGACAACAUUUUCGACAUGCCUGCUUCGAUCACGCACUGCAAGGAGAUGGCGUGGCACCACGACGCCAACCGCUUCUGCUACUACACGACCGCCGGCUUGUUUGACGAUUCUCGCAAGCUCGUGCGGCUCGACAACUACAUUGGUCUCUUGCGUGCUCACAACGGAGCGCAUUCCACCACCACCCAGUCCUUCUUUAUUCCGGCUGACAAUGAGUGAUUUGUUUUUUUGAUUUUGGUUUUCGCGCUGUUUUCGUUUGUUGCUGUGUCUUUUGAGUUUGCGAGUUGGCCCUUGGAGGUUGCUUACUCUACCUUUUGAGUUUGUGUGUGCUUUUGCUUUGAUACUUUCUUUUUGUUAUAUACCUGUUAAUGAUGAUUUCUUGUUUGUUGCUG